UAAGAAAAUUAUUUAAAUAAAAGAUAAUGUUUAACUUGACCAAUCAAGUAUUCUAAUCAGUCUAGUUCAUCCAGAGGAGGGGUUGUAUAAAUACAUCAGGUGUUCUAUGAAAGAAAAAAGCUUAAGACAGUUUUAGGAAUGUUGUUUCUUGUUUGCUGGAUUAUCCUGACUUCAAUGUCAAGUAUCUCGGGACAAAAAACAUUCUUGAGCAAGGUUGGGAAAGGCCGGGAUCAGAAGAUGUUUUUGAUUCAAACCUCCAAACAGGUCAAUAAAACGAUUCAGCAUAGUGUGAAAAAUGCCAGCAUGCAUUCAACAGCUGGAAAUGCCAGCAUGCAUUCAACAGCUGGAAAUGCCAGCAUGCAUUCAACAGCUGGAAAUGCCAGCGAAGGUGUUGAUUAUCAAAUUGAUUCUGGGUCAGGAGAUGGUGAAGAAGGUGAUGCCAACUAUGAUGGAGAUACAGAAGAAUAUGGGGAUGAUAGUUAUGGGGAUUUUGGUGAUAACGAUGAUAGUUCUGGUUUGACUGACGAGGAAUACAGUGGGGAUGAUGGCAAUGAAGAAAACUAUUAUUCCAAUACUGAGGAGUCUGGUGAUGGCUAUGAUGCAUAUGAUACUGAGGAUAAUGAUAGUGGAACGUAUGCUGAUGAUGACGAUAAUGAUGGUUAUUAUUAUUGAUUGUAUGAUUUCAUACCCGAACAUAAUCCAAUAUAUACCAUUCAUGCAAUUUGAUAAUAAAGUGACGUGAACAGUA